GAUUUAUUUGCACAAUUUUUUCAGGUACCUAGAACAGAGGAGGAUUGGUUGUUUAUUGCGAAACAGUUUGAUGAACUGUGGAAUUGUCCUCACACACUAGGUGCAAUCGAUGGAAAACACGUAAUAAUACAGUGUCCAAUAAGAAGUGGCAGUGAAUUUUUUUCCUAUAAAGAGAUGUUUAGCAUUGUUCUUUUUGCACUUGUUGACGCAAAUUACAACUUCAUGUUUGUCGACGUAGGCUGUCAAGGUAGAAUAUCAGAUGGAGGGGUGUUUGCCAACACAGAGUUAUAUAAUAAACUGGAAACAAAAUCUUUACGUAUACCUCAGCCUACACCUCUAGUUAAUGGCUCAACAAAAUGCAUUCCAUAUUUCAUCAUAGGAGAUGAAGCUUUCGCUCUGACUGAGUAUCUAAUGAAAGUAUACCCUGGGUUUUAUCCAAAAGGGUCUAAAGAACGCAUUUACAACUAUAGGAUUUGCAGAGCACGCAGAAUUGUUGAAAAUGUUUUCGGUACAGUGUCAUCAGUUUUUCGAGUUCUUAGAAAACCAGUGCUUCUGGAACCUGAAAAGGCAGAACUCGUAGUUAUGACAAUCGCUUGCCUUCACAAUUUCUUAAGAAGGCAAUCAGCAACGAUCUACACUCCCCCUGGAACUUUCGAUUAUGAAGAGAACGGCCAGCUAAUCAGAGGAAGCUGGAGAGCACUUGAAAAUAAAACUCCCACGUCUUUACUUUCUAUCAGAAGAGUGCCUAGGAAGUCAUCUUUGAAAGCAAAAGAAAUUAGGCAGGAACUAACAGAUUAUUUCGUUAAUGAGGGAAGAGUUGAGUGGCAAGAGAAAUAUGCGUAGAAACGCCUAUGAUUAUCGUGAGGCUAUUAUGAAUUUUCAUUUAUGUUUAUGAAUUAGUGUAUACAAUAGUUUAUGAGUUUAUGAAUUAUCAUCACUAUCAAGUACGAACACUUAGAUUAUAAACUAAAAUUUAUUAUUUAAAUUUAAAGUAACUAUAAACCUUCAAUUUUUCGAAAUACUUACAGUGUUAAUAGUUCGACGGGGGGUGUUUUUGUCCAAGAGGAACUUUAAGCUGUCAAAUGCAAACCAUGUACUCUUAUAAAUUUCGUCUGCACCUUUAAAAAAUAUAACAAAUUAUAGUUAGUUAGGUAUGGUUAUAGUUUGUGUACGAAAAGUUAC